AUGAGGGGCUCCUGGGGCAGUUUUCUCCCUCUCACUUUAGCUCUUUUCCUGGGGCUUGGGGAUUCUCAGAGAGACUUUGCUGGAAGAUUUGAUCCGAGUUCUUCAUUCCGAACCGAAGCUGGGAGCAGGGACACAACUCGGCUGAGGCUGCGGAACCAGGGCAGUAACUUGGGACCCACGGGCAAGGUGUACAGCCUGUUCCGGGUGCACAGCCCUCCUUCUGCCUCGGAGCACCUCCCAGAAGCCUCUCCUGUGGAUCGCCCAGCCUGGAUGAGGAGCUUGACAGGAGGGGACAACAGGGAGCAGCCGUCUAUUCCUCCAGAUCACAAACUACCUGCUCCCCAGAGCGCCCGAGGCCAAGCCAGCAACCUGAGGGCAGCUGCAGACUCUCCAGAUGGGACCCUCCUUCAGACCCCUGUGCAGAGGCAGAGGACGGACUCCUCACGCCAGCAGCAAAGAAACGGGCUCAAAGCUCGGACAGUGCCUAGGGCAAAGGUGCAGAAUGCCAGAGGCCGACUCAUGGGGCCGAACGUCUGCGGGGGACAAUGCUGCUCAGGGUGGACAACUGCUCCUGGCACAAACCGAUGCAUCAAACCUGUCUGUGACCCUCCAUGCCAGAACAAGGGAUCCUGCAGCCGACCCCAGCUCUGCAUCUGCCGCUCGGGUUUCCAGGGCACCCAAUGUGAAGAGGUCGUUCCAGAACGAGUGUACCAUCCUCCUGGCUCUGUGGCAGCCCUCCAGCCCCCAGCAGGCUCCCUUCCGAAGAGGGCUGGCAAUGCAGAGAGAGAAGGCUCACCCAGAGGGGCCCAGACACCUAUCCUGCAGCAACCACUAGCUGGGACUCAAGGAAGAAUCGGCUCCCCGGUCUCCCAACACACUGGGUCUUCACGCACUGUCCGGCGCUACCCAGCUGGUAAUACUCAGCUAACGUCCAAUGCUCUACCCAAUGGGAAUGGGCAUGAACAGACCAGCUCUGGACCACACGCAGCCUAUCAAGAGCAUACGCUGUCUCUCUGGGGGGCCAACCUGACAGAGAAAAUCCGAAAGAUAAAGAUUGUCUUCACCCCCACAAUCUGCAAACAGACAUGCCAGAGCGGCCGCUGCUACAACAGCUGUGAGAAAGGGGACACCACCACCCUGUACAGCCAGGGGGGCCAGAACCAUGACCCCAAAUCUGGCUUCCGCAUCUAUUUCUGCCAGAUCCCCUGCAUGAACGGAGGGCGCUGCGUAGGCAGGGAUGAGUGCUGGUGCCCGUCUAACUCCACAGGGAAGUUUUGCCACCUGCCAGUUCCAAAGCUGGAAAAAAAACAAGUGGGAAGAGUCCCAAAGACCCUGGCCAGCGGCUCCAUGAAGCAGUCCAUGUACACGCUGCCUCUGUCCAACCAGCUCGCUUCCUUAAACCCUUCCCUGGUGAACGUCCACAUCAAGCACCCUCCAGAGGCCACUGUGCAGAUCCACCAGGUGGCCAGGGUGAGGGGAGACUCGGGCCAAUCGGAGGAGAACAGUGUGGAGGCUGUGCUCCUGUCUCAGCUACCCACUGGGCCACAGUACAGCUACAGCAAUGGGAACAGCAACAGCAUCACCACAGAGAGUGGCCAGCAGCAGCGGCCCCCGGAGCUUAUGGGGAGAUGUUUCCGGGAGACACUGCAUGGACAGUGUGCUAACCCACUGGCGGGCCUGGCCAAGUUCGAGGAUUGCUGUGGCAGUGUGGGGCUCUUCUGGGGGUUGAACCGGUGCAUCCCAUGCCCCCCGAGACCAGCUCAUCCAGUGAUUGAAAACAGACAGGUGGAGUGUCCCCAGGGAUACAAGAGGCUGAAUCGGAGCCACUGUCAAGAUAUCAACGAGUGCCUGAUGCUUGGCCUGUGUAAAGAUGCCGAAUGUGUGAACACCCGCGGCAGUUUCCUCUGCACCUGCAAACCCGGGACCAUGCUGGACCCAUCCCGCAGUCGCUGUGUCUCGGAUAAGGCCGUGUCCAUGGAGCAGGGGCUAUGCUAUCGCUCAGCAGCAGGAGGCGUCUGUGCCCUACCACUCGCCCAGAGCAUCACCAAACAGAUCUGCUGCUGCAGCCGUGUUGGCAAAGGAUGGGGGAGGAAUUGUGAGAAGUGUCCUAUGCUUGGGUCAGAAGCCUUUAAGGAGAUUUGCCCAGCGGGACAUGGCUACACCUACUCCAGCUCCGAUAUCCGUCUGUCCAUGAGAAAGGCGGAGGCAGAAGAGCUGCCAUUCAGCUCAGAGGAGCAUGGGGAGAGCAGCGACCGGACGUCCAACAGGGCAGCAAAAAGGCCGCAGCUGCAGGAAGCCCUGAGUGGUGGAGUCACAGGUCAUUCUCCAGAUAGUGAGGGCACUGCUGAUGCCACCCAAGAACCUGCCACACACCCAGGGGAUGUAGUGGAGGAGACAUUCCCUCGCCCUCCCUCCCAGCCAGGCCCAGAGGCUGCAGGGGAGGGCACUGCUGCAGCACAGAUCACAGAAAUCAAUAGAUGCUCCUCUGUACCUGACCCGUGUGGCCCAGGCACUUGUGUGAACCUGCCCGGCAGAUACAGCUGCAUGUGUGGCCCUGGCUAUCGGCUGCAUCCUGGCCUCCCCCGAUGCAUUGAUGAUGAUGAGUGUGUGAGAGAUCCCUGUGCUGGGAAGGGUCACUGCAUCAACAGCGUGGGCUCCUACUCCUGCCACUGCUACCUGGGGUACACCCUACUUGCCUCCCAGGAUGCACAGACCUGUCAGGAUCUGAAUGAGUGUGAGCAGCCCAGCAUGUGCCAGGGGGGGCAGUGCACCAACACACCUGGAUCAUAUCACUGUGAGUGUGCCAGGGGCUACAUCAUGGACCGCACAGGACAGUGCGAAGACAUUGAUGAGUGUGCUGACCCCAGCACCUGCCCCAGAGGGAGAUGUGUCAAUGCGCUGGGCUCCUAUGAGUGUCUCAGCUGUGCAGCCGGUUACCAGCCGAUGAAUGGAAGAUGCGUUGAUGACGAUGAGUGCUUCACCAUGGGAACCUGUGCUCAUGGACUGUGCAUCAACCUGGCUGGCUCCUUCAGGUGUUCCUGCUACCAUGGCUUUGAGGUGACAGCAGAUGAGAAGAGCUGCCAAGAUAUCGAUGAGUGUGCGACCCACAACGCCUGCCCCAUGGGACUCUGUAUCAAUACCGAGGGCUCCUUCUCCUGUGCAGCCUGUGGUGCUGGAUACACCGUGUCCAGAGAUGGCAGCAUGUGUGAAGAUAUCGAUGAGUGCAGCUCACCGACUGCCUGCCCCUUGGGAAUCUGUACCAACACGGACGGCUCAUUUGCCUGCCGAGCCUGCGAUGCUGGCUACAUGCUCUCCUCCAACAGACUCACCUGUGAAGAUAUCGAUGAGUGUGAAGACCCCACCGUUAGCUGCCUCGGAGGAGAGUGCCUGAACGCACCGGGCUCCUACGUCUGCCACUGCCGCCCUGGAUUUGAGCUGCUCAACGGCACUAUGUGUGAAGACAUGAACGAGUGCCUGGGCAGUGAGAUCUGCAGCCCCAAUGGCGAGUGUCUGAACAGCCACGGAUCCUAUUUCUGUAUUUGUGCUCCUGGCUUCUCAAAUGCGGCUGGGGGAGUCAGCUGUCAAGACGUGGAUGAAUGUGCAGACAAAUCCCGGUGUUUGCGAGGCCAGUGUUUCAAUACGGAGGGCUCCUACAGAUGUUUGUGUGAAAAUGGCUUCAUGCACUCGAAGGAGACUGAUGACUGUGUAGAUGUGGACGAGUGUGCAGAUUUCGGGGACGCUGUGUGCGGCACAUGGAGGUGCCAGAACACCCUGGGUUCAUACCGCUGCGUUAUGGGCUGCCAGCCUGGCUUCCACCGGACACCGCUGGGUGACUGCAUUGACAUAGACGAAUGUGCCAACGAGACGCUGUGCGGGAGCCACGCCUUCUGUGACAACACGGAUGGCUCAUUCCGCUGCCUCUGCGACAGUGGCUAUGAGAACUUGCCCCCAGGCCAGGACUGCGUGGACGUGAAUGAAUGUGAACUGAUGGUAGCCGUGUGUGGGACCGCGCUCUGUGAGAACGUGGAGGGAUCAUUCCUGUGCCUGUGCCUCAGUGACCAUGAGGAGUACGACACGGAGGCAGGAGAGUGCCGGCCACGAGCUGACAUGGGGGAUCCUGAGCGGCCCAUAGCACCACGUCCCGCUGGCUCAGAGCGGAAGGAGUGUUACUAUCACAUCAGCGACGUCCAGCUGUGUGACAGCGUCCUGGCCAAAAACACCACCAAGGAGGAGUGCUGCUGCACCGAGGGGGCUGCUUGGGGGGACAACUGUGAGACCCAUCCCUGCCCUAUCCUGGGCACAGUGGAAUACAGUGAGAUCUGCCCGAGUGGGAAGGGCUAUAUCCCUGUGGAAGGGACUCUGCUCUUUGGACAGACGUCAUACACAGAUGCAGACGAGUGUGAGAUGUUCGGCCCCGAGAUUUGUCGGAAUGGGCAUUGUGUGAACACGGUGCCAGGGUACAAGUGCUUCUGCCGCUCUGGCUAUCUCUACGACUCCAGCCGGCUCGAGUGUGUGGAUCAAGACGAGUGUGAGAAUGAAAUGUCCUGCGUGAAUGGCGAGUGUCUGAACACAGCCGGCUCCUUCCACUGCUUCUGCAGCCUCCCCCUGGUUCUGGAUGUGAACCGCAACCACUGCAUCAACGUCUCCAACAGGGCUGAAGACCUGGAUGAACAUGAAAUCCACCUGGACAUCUGUUGGCAGAGAGUCUCCAACUACAUCUGCAACCAGCCACUGCGGGGGCGACGGACCACGUACACCGAGUGCUGCUGCCGCUAUGGCGAGGCCUGGAGCCAGGACUGUGCACUCUGCCCCCAUAGGGCCUCUGAGGAAUUUGCUCACCUGUGUAACGUGGCCAGGGGAGAGACUGAGAGGGAGGCUGGACUCCAAGAAAGACCCGGAUACGAGUAUGGACCAGGCCUAGAAGACUCUCAUUAUGGACUCUAUAGCCCAGACUUAGGGCCCUAUUACAAUUACCUGAGUCCUGAGUAUGGAGCCCCUGAUGCCAGCUUCCCCCAGAGAGAACUGAGCAGUGAGGUUGGUGGCAGCACAUUCCUACGCACUCCUCAGCUCCAUCCAGCGCAGUCCCAGCCCCGUUACCUGCCCAGCCAAACUGGGCAUUUUGACAGCUUUGAGGGACUCCAGGCAGAGGAGUGCGGCAUUCUGAAUGGCUGCGAAAACGGGCGCUGCGUGCGCGUGCAGGAGGGCUACACCUGCGACUGCUUUGACGGCUUCCAGCUGGACAUGACCCACAUGGCCUGUGUAGACAUUAACGAGUGUGAGGAGGUGAGCAGCCCUGGGCCCCUGUGUGAGGGCGGCACCUGUGAAAAUACAGAGGGCUCUUACCGCUGCAACUGCUCGCCUGGCUUUGUGGUGCAGGCUGAGCCCCACCGCUGUGCUCCUGCACCCACCCAGAGCCUGGAGGCAGCACAGCUUUAG